UUUCCCAACUACAAAGAAAGGCAAAAUGAAGAACCAGAAGAUCUAAAAGCCAGGCUUGUCUACCAAAGUCGCAAAAGAGGAACGCUGGAGAUAGGUCUUCUACUAAGCACUUUUGCAUCAAAAUUUUUACCAACAAUGACUGAUGAGCAGUUGAAAGAUUAUGACCAACUCAUCAACAAACCGGGAAAUGAAUGGGACCUUUAUUACUGGAUUAUUGGAUCAAAACCAACACCUGAUGAGUUCAACACUCCGGUCAUGACUCUCCUGAGAACCUUUGCAAUGAAUGAACAGAAGGAACUGAGGAUCACUCAGCCAGCAUUAGAGGAAAAAUAA